AUUUCCAUUGUCAUCAAUAGGUCCAUCUGCAGCUAACGUUGUAUGCAGAAAGUAGUAUAAACUUUUCAAUAAUUGUUCACCAAAAAAUCACUCAGAUUCCAAAAAGUUCAUACCACUUUCCGGUAAAAGGUUUUUUAGCUUAAAUUUCCCUCUGAUCCCCAUCAGUAUAUGGCAAUAGAAAAUGGUCCAGAGGCUAAGUUGACGUUAGCUUGAGCACCAGAAAGAAAGAUAAAGAAUAAAGAAUAUCAUAUGAGUUUGAAUUUUUUGACUUGAUCUGAUGAGUUUUUCUUGAAAAGCGACUCCUCGAGCAUCUUUUGCUGAUUCUUUAAUCAAUGGCAAUUUUUCGAAAUUAUAUUUGGCAAUUUGCAGCCUGAAGAAAGUUGUCACAAAAAGCGAAGAAAUCCAUUGACUUUCAUGGCAAGUAACAUGGAAAAAUCUCCAUUUGGUUCAAAAAGGCACGAUGACUCAGAAUUCAACUUGAAAGAAUGGGAACUCAAAGCUCGAAUCAGACGCGAAAAUACAAGUUCAAGAAGAUUUUCUGCGUCGAAUAUUAGAAGUUAUAGAGAAGAUGCAAGGUCUUUCAGAUCAAAUAUAACCAUUUGUAGUACUGCUUCUUCUCCUGGCUACACGAUAAAAGAAGAAAUUGACCCUUCAACAUAUUCAUUCACCACAGCCCUGAAAGCAUUGCAGGCAAAAACUGUGUAUUCUUGGAAGUCCCUUUCUCCUGAUGGUUUUGUUCUCAAUUCCAAGUGGAAUGAUGCAGAAAAGUACAUUUCAAAUCCUCUAUCAGGAGAGGUUCCAUUUGAGUGUUUAUCUGCGAAAAUUCUCAGCGGAAGAUCCUUUCGAAACCUUACCAGAAGAAUUACAGUGUCUGCUCCACUCAUUUAUCCUAGUCAAUUGCAGCAAUUCGACACCAAGUCUCCCGUUGCAGAACAUGAAAGUGAGGUUCAAAUUCCUGAUCAAGAGAAGAAGAAAAUAAGCGUGACUAGAGAUAUGGGGACUCAAAGCACGCUGGUUCUCCUUAGUUCAGGCAGCCCGAGUCCUGCACCUACACCUUCAAUUAUUUCCAGAACAAUUAAAACCAGAGAAAGAUGUAGGAGUGAAAGAAACAAAAGAGAGAGAGGACACAAAAGGAAAUGAAUCAGGAGAGAGAAAGAAGAUGUGCAUGCAAGGUGGAUGUCUUUCACUGAGGAAUUUGUGGAUGAGAAAAAGGCAGAAAAAGAAGCAAGAAUCUAGAAACAAGAAUACCUUUCUUUACCAUCUCAA